CAGGAACAAUCGAGCAUGCUUUGCAAAUUUUGGCGCAAGUUACUGCACUAGAGGAAGAAAUCCAGCCUAAAAUUUGUACAUUUGGAUUUGUCCUAACACAAAAAUGUCUCAGAAGUCAACGCAAAAGUUGGUUACUGAUUUUAAGGAGAAAUACAAGAAGGAGGCAGAGAAGCUUGUCAACGAUGUAUUCCCAAACAAAAUGAUAGAGUUGGAUGAACUUUUCAGGUCUAAAAAACUAAGCCUGUCGCGGACGUCAGAUGUUUGCUCAGACCUGAAGAUUCCAGUCCCUGAUCCCAUACUUUUCACUGGAGACAGUGCCAUGCCACAUCCUAGUAAAAAGAGGAAAGCAGACAGCAAUUCUAUAGACGAUAUUUCAGGUACCAAGGUGAUGAUUCUACCGAACGGUCCCGUACCAACAAACCAACAACUCCAGGACCUAGUGAACCUGCUCAAGCCUUACAUACAGGAGUUGGUAGAUCAUGCUAAUAUGGUGAAAAUGUGGAUUUCUUUUCUCAUUCCUAAAAUAGAAGAUGGAAACAACUUUGGAGUCUCAAUUCAGGAGGACACGAUGGCAGAAGCCCGACAGAUUGAAACAGAGGCUGCGUCCUACCUAGAUCAGAUUUCACGAUAUUUUAUCACACGAGGCAAGCUAGUGUCCAAGGUUGCCAAAUAUCCACACAUAGACGAUUACAGACAGUCCGUCCGAGAAGUGGAUGAGAAAGAAUUUAUCAGCCUGCGCCUUAUCUGCUGUGAAUUACGGAACCAUUAUGCAAGCCUUCACGACUUGAUCCACAAAAAUAUUGACAAGAUAAAGAAGCCCAGGUCUGCCAAUGCUGAGAAUCUUUAUUAAAAUGCUCUGUUCUGAUUGGCUAAGGACAUCAUCUGACCUCUUCUUGGAAACCAAUCAUUCAAAAACUGGAAGAAUUUAAACUGACCAUUACAACUUUUAGCAUUUCAAUGUUUUAACAGUAAAUAAUACCUGACCAAGAAAAAAAAAACAUAAAAAAUAAAAAAAAUCAAUAAAUACAAGAACAGAAAACAAAAGAUAAGAAAGACAGUGUUUUAGCUGUAAAGCUUUUAUCUGUACCUUUAUAAACAAUUACUUUAUUGUAAAAUGGACAUAAAUGUUUUUUGUCUUGAUGUGUAUAUACAUGUAUGCUCAGUAAAGUGGCAGUG